AGAGGAGUUACUCAGAGGGAGGAAAAAAAAGUUUGAGGUAUGACCAGGGAUCAAAAUUCCCCUUCGGCGCCGUGACGCGAGGAGUGAUCUCACUGUUUCACCGGCACAGGCGGAAGACGGGAAGGGUUUUCCUUGUUUGUUUGGUUUAGUUAUCGGCGACGCUUCCUUGUGUGUGUGUGUGUGUGGAGCAGCGCUGGGGAGAUGGCCAGCUUCAAUGGGGCGAGUGCGAGCGGCCAGCAGAGAGCACAGGGCGCCGCCUCGCCAAGUGAAACUUUAACCAGACAAUCAGGAGCAAUCAUGCGAAGAUUUGUUCUGGAUACUAUCCAGGAGGAAGACCCGGAAGUUGAACUGAGCCCGGAGGAUCUUGGUGGAGCCUCGAGUGAGAUUAAUGAGCCUGACAUUAAGGAUAUAUGCAAAAGUUUGAAGAAAAUUGGGGAUGAAUUGAACCGAAAUGCUGAACUUCAACAAGUAAUCGAUGUAAUCUCUGUUGAUGACAUCCGUGACGUAUUGCACAAAGUGGCCGAGAGGAUGUUGGCUUCAGAAGGCUUGAACUGGGGACGAAUUGUCACCUUCCUCUACUUUGCUGGCAAACUUGUCUUGAAGGCCCUAAAAAGUGUGAGAUCAUUGAUACAACCGAUAAUAAAUUGGUCCUUAGACCUGAUUCAAGCCCGUGUUAUCCCAUGGAUUGAGCAACAAGGUGGAUGGGAGACGAUCUUCUCAUACUUGGGGAGUUCAACGUGGCCAACAUUUGUAAUCUUCUCUGCCGGCGUGAUCACUGGCAUUCUGGCCUAUUUAAAGCUGACCUAACUUCAAUGUACCUUUUUUGAUUUUGUCUUUGUUUUUGGAAACAUGACCCCCAGCCUUCAAUGGUUUCAUCUCCAGUCCCCUUGCGCCUGAAGGGGCAUCUCUGUACAGAUGUGUUAUACUUGAAAAUAAUUGCUAGUAAUGAUGAAAUUUGGAGGCAUUUACAUAUAUCCUUGUUACUUGAUUUAAGUUUUUUUUAUUGCAGCCUUUUUAGAAUCAGUUUUUUUUUCUUUUAAAAAACACAUGUCUGCCUGAAUCAUUCGUUCCAAGGUGUUUAUAUUUUUGCUGACUUUUUAAAACAAAAUCUUCAGGGGAUACUAGCGUGAGACUCUUCUUAAAACUUGUAAGUGUAAAACAAAACAAAAAAAAACAGAAAAUGCUGGAAAUAAUCAGCUGGCCAGCCUUCA